AUGUCGCACGCCGCACCGAACCCGCCCGUGCUUUGCUCCUUCCCGUCGAGCGCCGAGCUCAUGGAGAGCCUCGCGCGUUUCAUCCUCAAAGCACAGAAGGAAUCCAUCGAGAAGAAGGGACGCUUCACCGUCGCCAUCUCCGGCGGCUCGCUGCCCAAGCAGCUAGCCAAGCUCGUCGAUAAUCCCGCCGUCAAGUGGGACAAGUGGCACGUCUUCUACGCCGACGAGCGCGUCGUCCCGCUCGACCACGAAGACUCGAACCACGCGCUCUGCAUGCGCGAGAUCUUCGGCAAGCUCCCUCCCGGCGGCCCGCAGCCGACGAUCCACACCAUCGACCCCUCGCUCGAGGACGACCUCGAGGAGCUCGCGGACGUGUACGAGAAGGAGCUCAUCCAGGAGUUCGCGAUGAGGGACGCCGCGCGCUUCCCCAUUUUCGACCUCGUCCUCCUCGGUGCCGGCCCCGACGGUCACACCGUGUCCCUCUUUCCCGGUCACGCCCUCCUCAGCGAGGACGACCGCUGGGUGGCGUACAUCGACGACAGCCCGAAGCCGCCGACGAAGCGCAUCACGCUGACGUUCCCCGUCCUCAACCACGCCGCCCGAAUCGCGUUCGUUGCUACCGGCGCCGCCAAGCAGGACACCCUGCACACCAUCCUCGACGAGCCCGAAGUUGGUCUGCCGUCGAGCCGGAUCCGUCCUGUCCACCCCGGGCAGGUGUACUGGUUUGUCGAUGACGCCGCGGCUGAAAAGGUCCAGUACCCAAGGACGCCGUUCAAGAUGUGA